ACACUACUUCUCGUUACUUGUCAAGGCAGGUAAGAAGAAGAAGAAAAUAAAAGGAAACUUUAGAAACUGAUUUCUGCAGCUCUGAAACAGCAACAGCAAUUCAUCAAUGGCGGAGCUCGAGAGCCCACAUGUUAUGCCCAAGGUCAUCACCUUCCUCUCGUCUCUGCUGCAGAGAGUGGCGGAUUCCAACGACGUCAACCGCCGAUUAGAGACGCAGAGGAUCUCCGUCUUCCAUGGUCUCACCCGACCCACCAUCUCAAUUCAGAGCUACCUCGAGAGGAUCUUCAAGUACGCCAACUGCAGCCCUUCUUGCUUCGUCGUCGCUUAUGUCUAUCUCGAUCGGUUCGCUCAGAGGCAACCCUCGUUGCCCAUCAAUUCGCUCAAUAUUCAUCGGCUGCUCAUCACCAGCGUCAUGGUUGCCGCCAAAUUCAUGGAUGACAUGUACUACAACAAUGCCUAUUAUGCUAAAGUUGGAGGAAUCAACACAACAGAGAUGAAUUAUCUUGAAGUGGACUUCCUUUUUGGGUUGAGCUUCCACUUGAAUGUGACACCCAACACCUACUACACCUACUGCUCCUACCUCCAAAGAGAGGUGUACAUUGAAUCUCCUCUAAGCUUGGUAGAAACUCCUCUAAACUUGGUUAGAUCUUCAAAGCUCCAUUGUUGCUUCAAUGAGGAUGAUUCCAACCACCACCAACAACAACAACUAGCUGUAUGAGGUUUUGAUGCCUGAUUUAUAUAUGUUGGAGAUAGAAAUUAGAAAUCCUCUCUCUCUCUCUCUCUCAUAACCCAUGACCCUGUAUUAAAUCUGUUUGUUUUUGUCCUUUUCUAUUUUGGGUUUUCCUUUUUUGUGCUUUGGACUUCAAUCAAUGGGUAUAUACAGGUGGGAAUUCUUCUUUACAGUCUGGAUGAUGUCACUAAUUUCCCAUGUUA